UCGUGCAGGUAUUCAUUUGGUUGUGCUUAUUUUCUACAGUCUUUGGUGUAUAUCCCUGUGUGUGCGUGUGUUUGUGUGCAUGUUUCUGUGAGAGACAGAGAAUUCUUCCACCCAGCCACAGCUCAGCAGCAGGAGAGCAGCAGGGGGGCGGAUGGGCGCGUGGGUCAUCGGGCUCGGACCCAGAUGCCUGUGUCGAGUGUUGGGGAAGAUCGAGCCAUCCUGCUGGGCUUCACAAUGAUGGCCUUCUCUGUGCUCAUGUUCUUUGUGGUCGGCAUCACCAUGGUCAAACCUUAUGUUAACAGUUACUGGGAGGAGGCCAGCUGUGUUGCCCUGCACUCUGAAAUCCUGGAGAAGUGGGUGGACUGCAGAGGUGUGAGCUAUGUGCCCUGCCUCAGGGUGAAGGCUAACCUCACAGGCUCUAAUCAGACAGCUACUCUGCACUUCAACGAGGAGUCGGUCCUGCUUGCUUCUGAGUGCUUCUACAUACCAAAAUGUCAAAUGGACCGGGCAGAGCUACAGAUAGAAGUGGAGAAAGUGAAAAACAGCCUUGACACCCACCUGGGAAUCACCUCAUCAUGCCUCACUGACUACACAAGGCACCCAGGAGAAGCCAUCUUAAACAGGAAGUUCACCUAUGAGAAGGCCCUGAUUGCAUUGUUGUGGCCCUGCCUGAUGCUGGUGGGUGGGGCUGUGCUGGUGGGCCUGGUGAAGCUGACACAGUUCUUAUCACACGUGUCCUCUGAGAUGUGCAGUGAGGCUGAAGGAGGCAGGCUGACAUCCAGACACACACAGGGACAACUGUACAGACUGCUGCGGAGGUCCGGUAUUGUGUCUGCUCCAUGACACAUCCCGAAACUUCAGUUCCCUGGUGUGGCAAAAAAACAGAAGAGGUAAAACUUAAAGUCUCGUUUUUUUUUACUAUAAGAAAAGUGCCUUCAGAAACCUGUGAUUGUAGAGAUUGCAGGUUUUAAAUGAUUCUGUUUUCAGUGAACAGCAAGUGAUGUUUGUAUAUGCACACAGAUAGAGGGUAAACACACAUUUAAUAAAAGGUUUCAACAAUAAAAUAACAGCUUGACAUGAAUCCAAAAAAGUUGAAAUGUUAUUGUUAGCCUUCCAAAUCCACUAAGCACAUGAAGUACAUAAGUCUCUUAAUACAUUCGCUAAGGGAUGCAACAAUGUGUUAGGGAUUUUUCUUUUUUUCAAAAUAUGGCCAAAUCCAGAAAAAA